CUCCACCUCGGGGGCAGCAGCCGGGCGAACAGGCGGGAUGCGCCUGAGUCGGGCAGGGUGGGGCGCAAGUGCGGGAGAGAUGAGCGGAUCUGAGUGAAGAUUGAUCUUCCUUAAAAUGGUCGCCACCGGCGUCAUUAUGACUAUCAAAGUUAUCGCCAAGAGGCUCAGCCUCCAACCUCGGGCAGGAAGGAGAGGAGACGAGGCUGGUCGGAGACUCUCGGUGCCACCAGGCAGCACCAGAAGCUCCCGGGGGCUACAGGCCAAACCCCCGGGCGAGCAGAACUGGCUGGGAGCGGGCAAAGGAGCGGAGCCUUCUUCCUCACUUCUCGUGUCUUCUCGACUCCUACCUGGAUCUAUUUGUCUGCUCUGAAGCCGCCUUCGUUACCCACUGACAGGAGCGUGUAUUUAUUUGCUUAUAAACCUGUUACAAUAAAUGAUUAUUCGAACGGCGUCAUUCGUACCUUAAUGACGAGCGGGCGCUACUUUUUGAUGAAUGACAUCUCCGACUCAGAAGGAUGUAUGGGUCAUUUUGACCAGUCAUUCCCUCGCUCUGGCAUCCCACAAUUUUUUCCGCCUCCCUCCAAAAGAGAUAAUAAUAUUUAGAGCCGCUUGCUGGGGCUGAAUGAGAAUCGGCCCUAGGCGCAGCCCAUCAUUAAGACGGGACAGCCAGGCCACUGUGACAUUUUUUAGAAAGCUGAGAUGAUGGAGAGAAUAAGAAAAGAGAUGAUUCUGAUGGAGAGAGGGCUACACAGCCCCACUGCCGGCAAGAGGUUCUCCAGCUUGUCCGAUCCGGCCGGCGGGGCCGUGCUGGAGGCCCUGGAAAAUUCGCAGCACCCGGCUCGCCUCAGUCCGCGCCUGCCGUCCGCUCCGCUGCACGGCGCGCUGGGAGACCUCCCCGCCAAGGGCAAAUUCGAAAUCGACACUCUGUUCAACCUGCAGCACCCGAGCAGCGAGACCACCGUCUCCUCCGAAAUCGCCCCGGCCACCGAGGCCCGCAAGAAGCCGGCUCACUACUCGGAGGCGGCCGCCGAGGCCGACAUGAGCGGCGACGUGGAGGUGGGCUGCUCGGGGCUGCGCUCCCCCGGCGGCCUGGGCCCCGCGCCGCUCAAGGAAAACAACGCCAAAGGGUACGCGGAGAGCGGCUCGGUGCCGGGCGCCACCACGCCGGCCUCGGGCUCCGGCCUCGGCAGCCUGCACGGAGGCGGCGCGGCCGGCGGGGGCGCGGCGCUGGGCGGCUCCGGCUCGGGCUCCGGCGCCGAUCAGGUGCGGCGCUACCGGACGGCCUUCACCCGCGAGCAGAUCGCGCGCCUGGAGAAGGAGUUCUACCGGGAGAACUACGUGUCCCGGCCCCGCCGCUGCGAGCUGGCCGCCGCGCUCAACCUGCCGGAGACCACCAUCAAGGUGUGGUUCCAGAACCGGCGCAUGAAGGACAAGCGGCAGCGGCUGGCCAUGUCGUGGCCGCACCCGGCCGACCCCAGCUUCUACACCUACAUGAUGACGCACGCGGCGGCGGCCGGCGGCCUCCCGUACCCGUUCCACUCGCACGUGCCGCUGCACUACUACCCGCACGUGGGCGUCACGGCGGCGGCGGCGGCGGCUGCGGCGUCGGGGGCGGCGGCGGCGGCCUCGUCGCCCUUCGCCACGUCCAUCCGGCCCCUGGACACCUUCCGGGCGCUGUCGCACCCCUACUCGCGGCCCGAGCUGCUCUGCAGCUUCCGCCACCCCGGCCUGUACCAGGCGCCGGCGGCGGCCGCGGGGCUCAACAGCGCGGCGUCGGCGGCGGCGGCGGCAGCGGCGGCGGCCGCGGCGGCCUCGUCGGCGGCCGGGGCGCCCCCCAGCGGCGGCUCGGCGCCCUGCUCCUGCCUCAGUUGCCACAGCAGCCAGUCCGCGGCCGCCGCCGCCGCCGCCGCCGCCGCAGCCGCCGCGCUGGGCUCCCGGGGCGGCGGCGGCGGGGGAGGAGGAGGAGGAGGAGGAGGAGGCGGCGGCGGCGGCGGCGGCGGGGGAGCCGGGGCGGCGGGCGGCUCGGACUUCGGCUGCGGCGCCGCGGCCCCGCGCUCCGAGAGCGGCUUCCUGCCCUACUCGGCCGCCGUGCUCAGCAAGACCGCCGUGCUCAGCCCGCCCGACCAGAGGGACGAGGCGCCGCUCACCAGAUAACUACGCCGCCGCCGCCGCCGCUCCCCGUCCCCCGCCACCGCUCGCCCGGCGUGCGCCCCGUCGGGGCUCCCCUCCCCCAGCCGCCCCUCGGCCCGCCGCCGCCGCUAGGGGGCGCCCCGGGGCGCGGGAGGGAGAGAGAGGGCCGAGGGGGGGAGGGAGCCGGCGGGAAGGCCUGGCGGGGUCCCCCCAAAUGAUCUCUAUUUUUGUAUCUCCAACCUCCUCGCCGCCCCCCUCCCCACCCCCGACCCCGCUCUGCAGGCCCCGCCGACCCCUCGCCCGGCUGGACCCCCCGCCCGGCUCUUCCAGACGCGGCUCCCCACGCCGCCCAGACUCCGGGGUGUCUGGGCCCGGGGUCCUCGUCACCCGGGGAGGCGGCCUGAAGCAGUGGGGGCCCCGACAGAAGGAGAGGGGCCACUGGGGCGAGCGAGCGAGCGUCGCCCCCGGGGUUCCCGCUGCUGCUCUUUUGCUCGUCUUGGAACGGGCCGGGGAAGGUGGGGGACGGAGAAGGCAGGUUUCUCAGCCAAAGCUCGCCCGGGCCUUUGUCCGAGGGGAGCGGGGGCUGGAGGGGCGGCAAGCCGGGGGGCAGGCGGGGAAGGCUGGGACCCGGGCAGCGGACAAAGCCGGCGGGGACAGGCCCGCGGCCUUCCACCACUGUCCCCUCCGGUCUCUGCUGUCAGCGCUUAGGGAAGGGAAGGGUUUUGUUUUUGUUUUCGUUUUGUUUGUUUGUUUGUUUUUUUCCCCUCUGCAUAUUUGGUGCAAAAUGUCUUGAGGAUGGAGGUUGCCACAGCCAGUCCGGGAAGGGAAGGGAGAGGAGAGGAGGCGCGGGCCACGCUGACAGGUCGUUGGAGCUUGUGGAGAGGCAUUUUCAUCUCAGUUUUCCAACUGUCGAGUUCCACUCCAUCUGGGAAAUACUUGAAUCCCUAGAUACACGAUGUUACCCUGAAAUUUUUUCCCUUAGACUUUUAUGAGUUCCAACUCUGCGCUCCUCACGACCCCUCCUCUCCUUGUUUUCCUUUUCCUCGGGUGAACCGGUCCUUGGCUUAUUUCUCGCGCACGCCUGCUGCCUUGUUCUCUGCAAAGCCACCGCUGGGUUGCUGAGGCCUGCUCGGCCAACCCUGGCUACAGGGGGGUUUCCUGGAACUUGAAGAAAGGUACAUCAAAACCCGCCAGUGUUAACUGCCACGUCAAUUUUGAUGCUAAUAAUGUGCAGAUUAUGACGAAAAUUGCCAAUCAUGCUCUCUGAUGGACCUCCUUUGAAUGUGGAAUUGGAGAAAAGUUCCCCGCACGGAGACCUGCUGUCAAAUACUAACAACCCGCUAAGGGAAGUCAUUAGGAGAGACGGAUAAGAGACUCGGUACAUAAAACAUUGUUCUUGGUGCAUAGAAUGUAUGUUAUGUAAUGUUAUCUCUGCUACCUGAAGUGAUUCCGCAGAAGAAAGCCACGUUCUUAUCAUCUCAAUUGGCAAUUUUCAUUUUGGUAACUUGGACGCCCUGGGUAGACUUUUCUCUGUUAAGUUGAUAUUCCACCAAUGUGAACAGCCUCAUUAAAUCAAGCCCAGAUAUUUCCAUAAUGCUCCCCGCAGAGCCACUCCGCUCCUCACAUAAUGAGAUUUUUCUGAAGAGUUGAAGCCCUAAAAUAACUUGCAUGUUUAGGCCCAGCAAAGUGGGUAUAUGUGUGUAUGCAACCUGCGUGUAUGUGUGUAUAUAUGUAUAUGUAUGUAUAUGCAUAUAUAUAUUCGUGCUCUUAAAUACAUAUAUGAGAGACACACACAUCCAUUUACACACAUUGGCACAUUUUCUGUGAUUUAUUUCCAAUUCGUUUUCUGGCACAUUUUUGUUAUUUUAAAGACACUGGAUUUUAAAUUUUCGCUUCCUGAGGAUAGAUUUUUUUUCAUUGUAUCUUGAAAUAAUUAAUUUUCCAGGAGAAAUUAUUUUUAUCAAGUGGAAAAGAUUCCAAGGGGAACCAGUAUUUCAAAGCCCCUGUGAUCUAUUAUGCUAUAUCCAUAAAAUAUUAGAGAACUUCCCAAGGAAAUAACAAUGAUCUAAAACUCAACUUUUUUCCCCUAAAGAGAUGAGACUACUUAUGUAAAAUAAUGAUUAUACCAGCUCGUAUUCACUAAGUUUACAUUAAAAAUAUUAAUAUAUAAUUUAAGACUAAAUAAAAUAAACCAAAAUAUGGUCCCCUUUUAUCAGCUUUACCUUUCUAGAUUGUUAAAGCUCUUUGCUAUGAUCAGCUAUCAGAUGUAUAUAAGGUACUUUAGGCAAUAAUGUUUACAUCCCCCUCCCAAAUAUAUAUGACUGAUGAGAACGCUGGUUGGUAAAGUGAACAUAAAUUCAUCUUACGUUAGGUCCAUUGGAUCUGGCUAGUAUAAUAAAAUAAAACUGUAAAUAAAGUCUUUGUGCUUUAAAUAUUGCUGGCUGUAUGAACUCACUGUAAGAUAUUUUACAAAUGUGCAAUAAUUAUAAAGCUUUGUAUAUUACGUUAUUUAUUGUGUUUGGUCAUGUAAAAUAAAUGUUAUUUAA